AAGUCAGUCGGGAAGGGUAGUAGUGGUGGAGAGGAUCGUAAUCCUCCUUUUUAAAUCAAUCAUUAAAUUGUGUUAAUUAUUGGGAAAUAUUAUUGAAUUGACCAACUUUAAUAAUCAUAGUUGUUUUCCAACUGAGUCAAGACUUUGAAGCUUGCUAGAGAAUAUUCAAGAAAUUAUAUUUAUGUAAAUUGUUAGAUUAACAUUAGGAUAUUCUGGGAAGAGAGGUCUUGAAUCGCUAUGAAGCAUCAGCAAGAUCAGAGAAUCCACCGGUGACCAUAGAGUGGUAUCUCCAACCGUCAACAAAAUUUCAUUCAAUUUUUUGGAAAUUGAUCUCUCAUCAGACAACGAAAAUAUGCAGAUCAAAGUCCUGGUACAUCAACAUGAGAUUUCUGGAGAAUACAAGAAAUGAAAUUCUCAUAAAAAUUCCUGAAGGCGAGAUAUGUAACUUCUAUAAAACAUCGGCAACACCAAGGAGCACCCAGUGACCAUCCAAUGGGGUCCCCUAAGAACAAUAAAAAAAAUUCAUCGAGAAAUCGAAACAAAGCGAGUUGGAACAAUCGUUGACUCGACGGGAGUUGACUCCACUCACAGAGACAUCGCCUGAUCAUUGGUGGACAGCGUCGUGAUACGUGCCAGGUAGUGGGGAUAGUUUGAAACGUUCCAUCCCCCUAUCCCCCUUCUGUACCACCAACUGGUGGGGGCAAUUCACCGGCAAGAGGUGGAGGAAGAAGAAGACGAGGUGAAAGGAGAAGGCAAGAAGAAGAAGACGUGAACGAGGAGGACAAGCGACAACUGCAUGUACCUGACGUUGGAAGUGGGGAAAGAGGGCUAACGGGUUGGAAUUGUGGUAGGGGUUUGAGGACAGCCUUGGUAUCGCGGUUGGGGUGGGGAGGAUUUUGUGAACUCGAGGUACUACUUGGAGGGUUACGCCGGAGGACAGGGAAGCCUCUGCCCGAGGACAGAUUCGUCGGCUACUUCGAUACAUUUGCAGUUGAACAAUUACUCCUGAAAAAUAUAUCUGUUCAACUAUUAUCGGGAGAACCGGACACGUGACAUUUUCGGACGUUUGAGUGAACUUUUUUUUAAUAUUUUGAGAAGUGAUUUUAUGGCUCGGAUUCUCUCGUGGAAUUGUGAUUUCUCCGGACACGGAAGACAAAUAUGAGGUCUAAGCCGGUAGCUAGGAGACUUCAGGGUAGCAGUGACGAGGGUGAAACGGCAAUCACUGGUGCCGCUAGUGGCACUGGUGAGGUCACUGAGGCACCAGAAAUGGAGGAGUGCGUAAGGUCCUCAAGUGGCAAUAGCAACUCAUCGAAUUAUCACUUGCGGCAAGCAUCGACCUUCGAUUUCCCGCAGAUGAUGGAUAUGCAGUCGCAUGACAGGAAUGAGGACACUAAAUUCAGAGAUUUUUGGGCCCGUAUGGCUGAUCAGAAGGACUUUAGGUCUAGGGACAGUUACAUCAGUGAUUACCAAGACACAAUAAAGGAAGAACCGAGGGACCCAGAAGACCAUAAAGACCCCCCAACCGAGUGGCUGUCACCAGUGCCAGAGGUUGAGGUGGGAAGCACUCUGAAUGAGGGACCCCAUGUUCGUGCGAGAAAGGAUAUCCCCAGGAGUACCAGGCUCGGCUCCUUCCUGGGAAAAUGGACCAAUAAUCCGUACAAUCCUCGAUACGCGUGGGAGGUUCGACACUCGGGUAGUGGAGUCCGAGGAUGGUUGGACGCCUCUCGCGUAGCUAGCAAUUGGCUCAAAUACAUCAGGAGCACCAGCAAUCCGCAAGCUGUCAACAUGCGACAUGUUCUGAUAGGUGGAGAGAUUGUCUACGAAGCAGUGCGAGACAUCCCUACCGGGGAGGAGCUCUUGAUGGGUCCAAGAGAACCCCUCCAACUCCAGGACUUGCACGGUGAGAACACCACUGAGGACAGAAACGAUCGUGAAACCGGUUCCCAACACAGUGGAACAGCCGACGAGGAGCGAGAGGAGGACGAAGAAGGGGAAAUUCGGUGUCCAGUCUGUGACAAACCCUUUCAAGAGAUUGACGUAUUGGAUUGUCAUCUGGUGACCAGUCAUCGAUACCCUUCGGACCAACACUACUGCGACAGCUGUUCCCGAGGAUUCGCCUGGCGUCCCCUGCUAGUCCGCCAUCGAGCUCUUAUCCACGGACACCUUCGAAAGUACCCUUGCGAAAACUGUCCAAAGACACCUCUCCAGGUAUUCACGGACGCCUCCAAUCUCCAACGUCACAUUCGUACGAACCACGUUGGUGCCCGCAGUCACGCAUGCACCGAGUGUGGAAAAACCUUCGCCACAUCGUCAGGUCUGAAGCAGCACACCCACAUUCACAGCAGUGUCAAGCCCUUUCGAUGUGAGGUCUGCUUCAAAGCAUAUACCCAGUUUUCAAAUCUCUGCCGUCACAAACGCAUGCAUUCUCUCUGCCGAUUGCAAAUAACUUGCUCCAAAUGCGGACAAUCCUUCAGCACCGGUACCUCUUUAUCGAAGCAUAAGCGUUUCUGCUACUCGACAAAUCCACAACGCUGUGGUAAUCCUCAUCCCCCACCACCACCGCCACCACCGCCGCAAUCAGCCGUCAUGUCUCAGCUGCCAUCGUCAGGUGGUGAUCCAUUCCUGGUGUAUCCGCGUCCACCAGUCUCCCUUCCAGGAGGUUUUCCCCUUUACGCCCCAGGCCUAAUGGCGCCUUACCCGGGAAUAUUCCCCAACACCCCGAACUUCCUCAACACUCCCCUUAUUUUUCCAAAGAUCCAUGAGGAUCCGAAGCGAAAUCAAAGCGAUAGUCCAAAGAAAGAGAGAUUCACACCCCCGAGAAUUCUCUCAACAAAUAAAGUCUCACCAUCCGCUGCGGAGGAAGCUACAUCAACAUUCAGACCAUCACCUGCACGACCAAAUAUCCACCCCACCCAAGACAGUGAUGAUGAAGUCAAGAAACGUGAUACACAAGUUGAAAAAAUGGAGACUGAAUCAUCAUCAUCUGAAUCCACUGAUCAACCACUUGAUCUACGAGUUACGAAGAAGACUGAGACACCUGAAGAGUCCAGAAUUGCCGAGAGUCGAACGCCAUCACCAUUACCAGUACCGAGGACGGUUACUCCGGAGGUCAAGACGUCUGUUGAUGACGAGGAUAAGGAGCGCAAGAGAAAUAUGGAAAUGAGAAUAAUGAGUGAAAUGAGCAAAAUCAGCGAAACGAGCAAAACAAACAAAUUAGGAAGAUUGAGUAAAAAUCGUGAUAUCCAUGAUUAUCAGGACUCUCCACCAUCCCCAGUACCGAUAUCCCAUCCCCAAGAACAGCAUCUUCCGAAUACACCCCCUCACAUCUCCUAUCCACGCCCAAUUCAUCCGAUGUUCAUAGAGGCAAUGUACAGAAAUCCAGGAACAUUUCCGGGCUUUCAUUCAGCGCCACCAUCGGCUCCCGACUCACGUCUUCUCCCACCAUUACCCCACUUCGGACCAACAAGGGGUCUUCCAUUUUUGGGGAAUCUCAUGAAUGGUCUCAAUAGACCGGGUUUCGACAUGCUGGCAAGACCACCAAUGAAUUUUCCUGGGGUAAAACCCUUUCAAGAGACUGUGAUGCAUCAUCCUCUGGGUAAAAUCAAGGACAGGUAUUCUUGCAAAUUCUGUGGCAAAGUAUUUCCAAGAUCAGCGAAUCUCACGAGACAUCUGCGAACGCACACGGGAGAGCAACCGUACAAGUGUAAACAUUGCGAGAGAUCCUUCAGCAUUUCCAGCAAUCUUCAGCGCCAUGUCAGGAAUAUUCAUGACAAGCAGAGACCAUUCAAGUGUCCCCUUUGCGAGAGAUGUUUUGGCCAGCAGACCAACCUCGACAGACAUCUCAAGAAGCAUGAGGCUGAUGAUGGAAGUGUCGUUGUUUCCGUCGCUGAUUCACCCGGAAGUAGCAAUGAGAACGAUCGAGAGGAGACUUAUUUCGAUGAGAUCAGAUCGUUUAUGGGGAAGGUCACGUAUGCUGGAGAUAAUUAUGGAAUUGGUCAUCCCGAAUUUAUGACGGGAAAGAGGGGAGAAUAUGAGUAUGAUGAGUACAGCGAGGAACGAGUCAGUCCCAUUGAUGAGGGGGGCAUGAGCCCCGAAGGUGGGAGAAAGGAGAUCAGAGAUGGCUUUGAAAUGGGCUGUAGGGACAAGGGUGAGAUGAUUAACAAUAACACUGCUGAACCGGUUAUUGAAAUUUCUACAUAGUCCGAGGGCUUUUAAGAGCAGAAGAAUUUUUUGGGGGCGGUAAGAGGAGGGAGUAUUCAGAGGUUGUCCCCCUCCAAGAUUUUCUCCCAAAUAAUCAAAUCCACAUUGGAUUGGUCUCAAUUAACAACCUGAUUAAUUGACUAUUAAUUAAUCAGCAUGAAAAUUCUUCUGCUCAUUAUUUUAUUCCGUACUUACAACGGUUCGUGAUAAAUCGAUGAAUCGUUAGCACAACGUAUUCACAAUUUUAAAUUGUUUUUUUUUAGAUAGUUCCUAAUGAGGGUAUUGAUUAAUUUACGUAAGGUCAGAUUAUCCCCAGUGUACGAUUGAUUCCAGUGAUUCUCGAUUAAUAAAUCAUGUUCAUAAAUAAUUAGAGAUAUUAACAAUUUAUUGAAUUGUCGACUGAAUAAUAAAUUAAAAAAAAAAUUCGUCGCAAAGAAAAAGAGAAGCGUACAAUGAUUUGAUCGUUUACUCAUCAAGUAAUUAAUUGAAAAUGCAAAAAUUAGAUAUUGAUAUGAGAGUGAGUGAAAUUAUGGGAAAAUGAUGUAAUUAAACAAAAUUAUAUGACACCCUGUACAAAUUUUAUUGAUUAAGGUACCAAUGUUUGUAAAAUAUCCGUAAUUUUUAUUAAUAUAUAAUAAACAAUAGAUGCCAGAGAAUUCUAGAUCAUUCAACGUAGAUGUCGUUAAAUUGUUUUGUGGGAAAAACAUAAUCAUUAUUUAUUAAUUAAUUAAUUUAUUAAUUCGAAAGGGAAGUGGGGAAACUUGAAAAAAUGUUAAAUAUUCAAGACUCGUUAAUAGUUGGAAUAUUUUGGUAAUGAGUGAUGCUAAAGAAAAAAGUCAGAAUUUAUUCUUUGUGGAGAAUUAAAUUUUCUACAAAAAAUGAAUCUUUACAUUUUUUUUUACUAUGAUCCACUGUUAUCCAGAUAAUUCUAAAUGAAUAAUAAACCAUUCAUUUAAUGCUCUAUGUUUUUUCACUCCACUCAAGGAUUAAUAAUGAAUUGAAAAAAAAAAUGAAUAGUUAAUUCAUUACUUUGCGAAGACGAAUAAUAUUCUUCACUAACACAUUCAUCCGUUUUACACGAAGUGCAUGGAGAUAAUUGAAGAGAUCCAAUCAACAAAAAUUGCCAUGAAAUUGUUUUUAUGCAAGAAACUUCUAUUUCACUAAAUGUAAUAAAUGCCUCACGAAUAA